AUGGGCAGACCUCUUCUCAACGCUCCUCUCAAAGUCGAAGACGUUAGCAAUAUCAGCCUCGAACUGAGGGGAGGGAUUGAACUUGACACUGAGGAGGUAGCCGCUCUCUAUGCUGCUCGCAGGGCCAAUGCAACUGCGAAUGGUAAUGCCAGCUCCCGAGCACAUCGUGCUAAAGAAAGGGCAAAGGAUGAAACGGCCUACAAGGCUAAGGUUACCGCGACUAAGAAGGCAUACGACUCCAAGAACCGCGAUAGAGUCAAUAAGAACAAGAAGAAUGCGGUCGACAAGAUAAAGGCAGCUGGAACAUAUUGCUGCAAUAUCUGCAAUCUGUCAUUUGCAACGCCCUUCGCCCUGAGUCUGCAUACAACCCGGAAGGCUCGUGCUGACAAAGUUGCUGACAUUGAAACCCCCCCUCCCAGCAAAUAUGCCACUCAACAGAAUGCAUACAGACAGUCUCUUCUCCCUUUUUUCAUCAACAGCAUCGAAGCUCCUCGACGGAACACCGUUCCAUGUCCAGCUGGAAAGAAGAGAGGCAUUGAACAUCCCAACGAACAGUCCAAGGAGAAACCCAAGUCCGCAGCCGUCGAGAUGCCUCGACGAUCUGUCAAGGAUCGCCUCUGCGAUAUGAAGGACAAACUCCGAUCCACCGGUCGUCGAUCCCAGGCCACUACCAGCAGUGAGCAUCCAACCGAGUCUCUCGUAUCUUUCGGGCAGAUUAUGUGGGAGGGCCAUAUGGCCCCUAGUCCUCCAGCUCUUGCGGGCAGUUCGUCUGGUCACGCCUUGGUUAAUUCCCCAAUUAUCGACUCGACUAUUGUCCGAUAUCAUCUCGGCGACAGAGUCGUCAUUCCGAUAGUUAGUUGUGCUACUUCUCAGCCUGACACUCCAACUGGAGAGGCUGUUGAGCCAGACUGCCACCUCCCUGGUGCUGUACAGGGUGCUGAAGCUUAUCCCCAGAAGUUCACUCAGUCACGCUCCCUGAGAGGCGAUCUGUUCGUAGUGCCUUCUCAGCUUUAUCAAGUCAGAGCCCAGGGGCAUGAGUUCAUGAUUCUCAACAACGUGUUUGAUGCUGACGUCUUGACUCUUCUCCUCGAGAUCCAUCUGACUCCCAGUGGUCUCGUCGGUCACGAGGAUGGAAUGAACCUCCUCCUCCUCCUCACUACACUGUCCUUCGUCUAUGCACAAGGCAUGAUAAACGAGGUCGACAAAAUCAAAAACACGAUGUACCGCUACAUCGUGCUACGAAUGUUUUACCACAACCCUCAUCACGGCACUUUCUCUCUUCGUAAAGCUCCUGGAGACUACUUCAAGUUCCGCUCCGAAGAGAUCUAUCGCGCUUGGGUUCUUGUGGGUAGCAAUGAGCCACGAAGUGUCCUCUCUCAGGAUGUUCUCGUAGACAUGUACAUCUGCAUGGUUCAGGAGAAGUGGUGGAGCGAUCUGACUCGCAACUACAGUCAGGAGUUCACCGCCCACCUUAUUCGCAAGUACCAGGAGGCUGAAUAUGAUCUCAAGCACAAGUUCGAAAGCAUUUUCAAGAAGUUUUCUGAUCUCACGGCUUUCGGAAUGCACCCAUGGAUGAGGGAGGCUUCGGACUCCUCCGAUUCCGAAGCGGCCAGCCAACAGCCCAGUCCGGAGACAGUUUCCGGCCCCUGGCAAGCCCCUGCUGAUAAUCAGCUGUUCUUGCAGCCUCCUGUUGCUUUCUCCGACAGCUCUGUCAGCACUAGACGUCGUCAUCGUCACGUUCGCCGAGAGACCUCCGUCAUGCAAACUUCUCACCAGCCUAUCGACCUGAUCGAUCCGACUGAAUAG